AAGUAUGAAAAUACCUUAAAAGGUUAGAUGGCAAAAGAUUUGGAAAGUGCAUUUACCGCGGAAAGUAGUAAAAAACCAGCGAAAAUACAACAAACUUGUGCGAUCUUCUGGUGAGAGACCACACUGGUAUUUUAGCGCUCCAGGUACUAUUUCGGCGGAUACUGACAACAUCAGAUCGGUCUAUAUGGUAGCUAUAUGUAAAUAUGGCCUGAUAUGAACCAUAUUAAGUUCGGAUAUCGAUGGCCUUAAUAAACCCCCUUUUCCAAAUUACAGCGAAAUUGGAUAACAAAUGCGUUUUUUAUGGGCUCAAGACCCUAAAUCUAUAUGGCAGCUAUAUCCAAAUAUAGUCCGAUAUAGCCCAUUUAAGAACUUAACCUGCGUUUAGAAAACAUACGGGUCUGUGCCUAAUUUAAGCAAAAUGUUGAAAUCUGUUGUGAUUAUAGCAGAUGGACUCACAGGCGGACAGACAGACAACUUAGGGGAGUGGUAUUGAAAACAAUUAAGGAUUUUGUAAGUAGCACGGAAUUACAAUACUAACUUAAAAUUUUCUUUUUCGAGGUUACUUUAUAGUAACCGAUUACUGGCUUAGGUGUAAGGUUCUAAGCCCUUCGGUAUACUUAAUAAUGGGUCUAGCUCGUCUCCGUAGCCUUGGAAAAUUUCACAAAGCUAAAAUAACCUAUACCACAGUGGUGAAGGGUUUAAUUAUUUUAAAAAAAAGUAAAAUGGAAUAAAUGAAAUUUGCUUCUACACUCAUAAACCAUUUGAUUCGUUAUCAGAACUCGGAAUCUUUGUUCCUUCUUCGAUUUCUGACGCUUUGUUUUGAAAUGUAUUUCUGCUCUUAAUUUUCCAUCGCAAAAGAAGCUCCAUUUUAUCUUUUUCUUGUACUUUGUUUUGUAUCACAAAAUGGUCCUCCAUACUAUUUUACCAUAUCUGGCCAAACAUCUUUCAUCUCUCACUCUCUCUUCUUUGAAUCACUCUCAUAAAGCUUUCUUUGAAUGAGAGAAAACCAACAAUAAUUCCAAAUAACCACCCAAAUAGACAGACAGGUGUAUGGUGAAUGUAUGACAAUGAUGUCGACGACGACGAUGGCGAUGACGAUGGACUCCGGUUCGAAUUUAUUUAUUACACAACCAUAGCAGCCACACUACAACGGAGAUAAUACUCCCCUCUUUUGAAGCCACUAUCAUCAAGAGAGGCCAUUUAAUCAUUCAUAUUGGAAGCUAAGGUUCUGAAACGCCAAAGAGACGAGAAAGGAGGUAGGUUGGCAGGAAGCAGGAAGAUAGGAAACGGAAAUAUUGCAGGGGUUUCGAAAUAGAAACAUGACUACUACAACUUCGGUUCCUACAGCCACAAAUAGUAGUAGUAGCAGCAACAAUAACAAUACCGCCACCACAAAUACCAACAGCGCAACCAAAGCCACCACCGAAACCAAUAACAACAACCAAACCGAAGCCACCUCCUCGAACGCCAAUUCACCAUUAUCAAACAACGAUAUGAACUCGAUAAAAAUCGAAAAUAAUUCGGGUAAUCUACCACAAUCUACAAACACAACUACAACAUCGACCAGCACCACCGAUAGCACAGCAACUACUCCGCCCACCGCCCAAAGAGCUGUAACCAUAACACCCAUUCUUAAUCAUCCGGGACCUUCGUUAACACCGGGAAAUUUCUCACGUACCAUGCAAACAGAUGAGGAUUUUAAUAUACGUUUUGUGAAUCUUGUGAGAAAUCACAAAUGUUUGUAUGACAAAAAGGUGCCCGAAUAUCGAAAUCGUGAUAAUCAAGAGAAGGCUUGGUAUCAAAUAUCGCUGGAAACUAAGGAGAGUGUAAUUCAUUGCAAGGAACGCUGGCGCAAUCUACGAGCCUGCCUUUCCCGCUAUAUCAAACAACAGAGUGGCAAUGAUCCUCAACACAAACCCUACUACCUUACAGAGCACAUGGCAUUUCUGCUACCAUUUCUCAAAUCCACCCGUAACUCACUGGAUGGCAACAGUAGCCUAGCAACCCUAUAUCAAUAUUCGCAACAACAACAGCAAUUGCAGCAGCAGCAACAAAAUAAUGCAAUAUCCACCACAUUACAGGGCAUGUCACAGUCAUCCCAGACAUCCCAGUUAAAGUUCAACAAUCAUCAUUUGGGUGUAAAACAUUCGCUGUCCGAUAAUGAGGAUGAGGAGACUAUAGAUGCUUUUGAUCCAGCCAUAACGGCCAGCCUGCAUAUGCAACAGCAUGUGAAUAGAUCCUCAACACCUUUGAGCGAUACGGCUAGUGCCAAUACCAUGCAGAAUUUCAUACCUGAUGUACAGCUCUCCGAGCUAAGGACACCCGAUGGGGUGGCAGCAGAAAUGUCCUAUGCCAACUCGAAUAUCCGCCAAGACUCCCAUCAUGAUUUUCUUCAUGAGCCAAAGCGCAUAAAAACCGAGUGCCAUGCCAGUGAGGCCACUACCACCGCUCAAUUGCAUAUGUAUGCGGGCGAACAAGCCGAUAUGGAAUUCUUCCGCAGCAUAUUGCCGGACAUUUCCGGUCUGACACCGCAUCAGAAGCGCAAAUUGAAAAUUGGCAUACUGGAGCUGAUAGAUGAUGUGGUGGAUCGCUAUCCGCUUGAACGAAGUAGUACAAAUAACAAUGCUAACGUGACUAGUCAAACCCCUAAUAGUAAUGCGAGUAAGUCGCGAAGAAAUUCCUCCAGAGCAGAUUGGCACAAGUAGAUGAAUUGCGGGAGGGAUGCAGCAUCUUCUAAUCACCCUAUUUAGUCUAAAUUCUAUUCUAAUUAUACAAAAGAAAAAAAAAACAUGAUUGCGUAUACAUACAAACAAACAAAAAAUACAAACAUACAUAUAUGAUAAUGUUGCUCAACAACAACUGUAGGUGUAAUGUAUUCAAAUUUGUUGUUCUUUUUUUAAUAUUAUUAUUAUUAUUAUUAUUUCAGUCUAAAAGAUGUGAGAAUAAAAUUAAAAGUGUUUUAAAAAAAAAGUUUACAAUUAAGGCAAAUUUUUUCUUGAUAAGUUUUGUGGGAGCAUGAUGCGAAACGACAAAUCAAUCGAAUAAUAGAUAGAGAGAUAUAGAAUUAAAUGCAGCAGCAAAUCAAAUAGAUUGUUGAUAAUAACAAUGAACAAGGGAGCCCCCCACAACACUGUUGAGGGCAAAACAAAAUCAAUGCUUUUUUUUUCUUUUCGAUGAAUUAUGUGUUUUGUGAAUAUAAAAAUAUCUCGCCGUGUUGUACACACGGCAAAAGGACUUUGAACUUAGAAAUUAAAAAAAAAAAACAUAA